AUGGUAACUGGAAACACAAACGAAUCGACCACACCCAAAUGCUAUAGCUUUUUAGCCAAUGAUAUUGUGCUCAAUAUUAUCGAUACCCCGCGUAUUGUGGACAUCAAUGGCGAAGAUAACGAUAACACUAAUAACACAAAUAUGAGAAAUCUGUUGGACUUUCUAAACAAUUAUCAGGAAAUUAAUGCCAUUUGUGUGCUCUUAAAGCCAUCCGACACUAGGGUUGACGUGAUUUUCAAGUAUUGUUUGUCACAAUUGUUGAGUCACUUGAACAGGUCGGCCGCCGAUAACAUACUGUUCCUCUUCGCCGAUACCUAUAAACCCGGAAGUUCUGCCUCAAUAUUAAUAUCUGAAUUGAGUCGUAUCAGGGAAAAUAUCCCUCAUAUAGAUAUAAAACAAAGUGAGUCGGGUGUGGGAAAGUCGACUUUCAUCAAUGCAUUCGUCAAUUACAUGACUUACGAGACUAUGGAUGAGGCCAUGGAUGAGCCCAUAUGUUUAUUGCCAGUUCAGUUUACACUAUCAGAUCAACAGACUUAUAAUGAGAAAGAAAUAACAUUCGGAAUACCGGACAGCAAUGAGAACACCACUGACUCGACACAAUCGGCCACUAAAUCUCCGAAAUGCUAUAAAUUUCAAAACAAUUACAUUGUGCUCAAUAUUAUUGAUACCCCGGGUAUUGGCGAUACGGAUGGUGUGGAACAAGAUAACGAAAAUAUGAGAAAUCUGUUGGAUUUUAUUAGUAAUUACCGCGAAAUUAACGCCAUUUGUGUGCUCCUAAAGCCUAACAACGCGAGGGUUGACGUGAUAUUCAAGUAUUGUUUGCUUGAGUUAUUCAGUCACUUGAAUAAGUCUGCGGCCGAUAACAUACUGUUCCUGUUUACUAACGCCCGGUCCACGCAAUACGCACCGGGAGAUUCAGGGCCUGUUUUAAAGAAAUUACUAAAAGAAGUUAAGGAAAGGCCUCCGUAUGUGGACGUGAAGUAUAGUCGAGAAACAAUCUAUUGCUUCGAUAACGAGUCGUUCCGUUAUCUCGUGGCUACUGUUCCUCCGAAUAACAUGCAGUUUAAUGACCAUUUUAAACGAGACUACGACACAAGUUGGGAAAGGUCUGUAAAGGAAUGCGAUAGACUUCUAAAGCACAUCGUCUCCCUUUCCCCUCACAAAGUGAUGGACACCCUAUCCCUCAAUAACGCCAAACAAAACAUACUACUAUUAACUCAACCAUUGGCUGACAUCGCGAACAAUAUCGCCGAUAAUGUGAAGGAAUGUGAGGCACAUAAGAGACGGAUAUUUCAUUUUCAAGGCACUAUAGAGGAACUCCAACGGGAACUGUAUAUCCCAUCCAAGGAUAUAGUGUCCACGCCAUUGGAUAAGCCUAAGACAGUGUGCGGGGACCCUAAGUGUUGUACCAAAGAAAAUAUAAAUGGUGUGGAGAAAGUUCACUAUCAUAUCAACUGUCAUUCCCCGUGUUAUCUAACUCAUAGUGACGGCAAUAUUAUGGGUAAUAAAGGUCUACUCGAUUGUCAAGCGUUUAAUAAAUACGAAGAAAGUGGCACAUUUUGGGGUUUACCGACAGAUCUUCAUCCCGACCAGAAUUAUACUGGUAAACCCAAUGAAGAAGGUAGAAUUUUAUUAACAAAUAGCACAAGGACGAAAUCGGAAAAAUGUUUCGGAUGUGGUCACUCCUAUCAAACGCACCUACAUAUCAAUUACGAGACCAAAAUCCUGACCAAAAGGAUUCGGGAUGAGAGCAAAAACAAACGCAUUACAACUGAUAAAGAGGCAAUGGAUGCGAUACAGUCUAAGAUGGAUGAACUGGAUGAGAAGAUAAAAGAAUUAACUGAUGAGCAGGACACAAUCACGAAAUGUAUGGCUCAAUUCGCGUGGUUUCUGAAACACAACGCCUUAACCACAUUUAACGACGCCUUCGAUGACUACGUCCGACACCUGAUUGACAACGAGAGGAAAGGCGGUACAAUGAGCGCUGAGGAUAAUCGGGAGACCAUUAAAAAGUUGGAACAGCUGCUCGUCAAAUAUAAGUAUGAGAAGGAAGUCAUACAGAAAGCGAUGGAAAAUAGUAACCGAAACAACGGUGCUGUUUGCAUAUCCCUGGAGGACAUUGACAAGAAUAUCCGUGAGUUGUGUGGGCUCAAGUGGAAUGGAGGCACCAUUGCGAAGAUGUUAGCCGAUCAGCACCUGUCGAAAGCCAAGUCACACGCAGUCGCUAAGGAAAUGGAGUAUAGAGUACCGAAAAGGUCGUCUUUAUUCAGAAAAUUGGGAACUUUUGUUAGUUGGUUUAAUCCGUUUACUUAAAUACAUAAUUUAUAUUUUUUCAAAAGUAUAUUAUUCAGAUUAUCAAUAUUUUCAAUAAC